CACCCCCAGCUCCUCUCCCCCACCUCCCUCUCCUCUCCUCUCCUCUCCUCCUCUGUCUGUAUAUAACCAGCUGUGAGGACACAGUAGGACUCUGUGCCAGACAGCCGUGUGUUGUGAUAGCGUGGUUUGGUUGUCAGCCAGGUGAACCCCGGCACUGAGCUCAUUCACCUUCCCCAGCAGCCUCACCUCACCUUCACUCCUCCUCCUCCUCCUCGUCCGAUAUGGCCACCCGGUGGGGCGUCUGUGGCGCGGGCAAGAUCAGCCAUGACUGGAACGUGGCGAUGAAGACUCUUCCUGCUGAGCACCACCAGGUUGUGGCAGUAGCAGCAAGAAGCCUGGAGCGAGCAGAGGACUUUGCCAAAAAGCACAGCAUCCCCAAGGCUUAUGGGAGCUAUGAAGAGCUGGCCAAAGACCCUAACAUCGACGUGGUGUACCUGGGGGUUCUGCACACACAGCACCUGCGCGUUGGGCUGCUGUUCCUGAACGCGGGGAAGAACGUCCUGUGCGAGAAGCCCUUCGCCAUGAACUCCGGAGAGGUCAAGCAGCUGAUAGACGCCGCUGGGAGGAACAACGUCUUUCUCAUGGAGGGCAUCUGGUCGCGCUGCUUCCCCGUGCAGAGGGAGGUGAGCCGGCUGCUGAGCGAGGAGGAGGCGCUGGGGGAGGUGAAGGUGGUCAAGGCCUACUUCGGCUCGCCGCAGCUGCACAUCCCGCGCUCCGUGGAGAAGGAGCUGGGGGGAGGCGCCCUGCUGGACAUCGGCGUGUACUGCCUGCAGUUCGUGCUCAUGGUCUUCCAGGGGGAGAGGCCGGAGUCCAUCCACGCCACGGGGCACCGCCUGGAGUCAGGGGUGGAUGAGGUCAUGAUUGUUGUGCUGAAGUUCUCACGGAACCGCAUUGGCCUGUGCAUGUUCUCCAUCGGUGUGCCCCUGCCCAACGAUGCCACCAUCAGUGGCACGAAGGGCACCAUCAGGAUCCCCUCUCCCAUGUGGUGCCCUUCAUCUCUGGUGGUGAACGGGAAGGAGACGGAGUACCCGCUGCCUGAGCCGUGCAUGGCCAUGAACUUCACCAACAGCACCGGCCUGCGCUACGAGGCCGAGGAGGUGCGCCAGUGUCUGCUCAAGGGGUUGAAAGAGAGCUCCAGGAUGCCUCUGGCUGAUUCCGCCCUGCUCACAGAGAUCAUGGAUGAGGCCAGAAGACAAGUGGGAGUGGUCUUCAACCAGGACAGCCAAUGA